ACAUUUUAACUACAGGUGACUCAAUACUAAGAUUACGAUUGAACCAAACAGUUCUUAAAAUGUUAAAAUUGAUUGUGUUUCUUACACCAUGUAUUUUGAUGUUUCUGUGUCCAAUAUCGUCUGUAAAGCUACCCGAGGAGUUGAAUGUUUUAAAACGGUACAAUAAUACGGCCGUUGAGGAUGACACAAGCCAUUGCAUGGAAGAGUUCAGGCACUGUCUCAACCCUCACAUAAUUUCACCAGUUUGUGCGCUAAACUCCCUGACUGACACUAAGCACCCAUUUGCAAGCAUAUGCGAAAUGAUUCAUGAAAACUGCCGCAGUAAAAAAGAACAAUGGCAUUAUAUAAGUGAUAAUUUGGCACUCUGCAAUGGAACUUUUGGAAAUUUUACAAUACUUAGGAAGAAAAAAAACAACUAGAAACUUCUCUAUGCUGUUUUAUCCAGUAUUGACUACGCUCAUGUUUAUUAUGAAUAAAAUUAUGAGUAGUUGAAAA